UUGAAACAUCAGCAUAAUGUUGUCCACCGCCAGAUCAAGAGCCGUAUGGCAAAUUUCUCGUAGAGUUCAGAUCUCAGCCAGACGAACCUACGCAUUUUCCGCAAAUGAUCAGCAAGAAAUUAAUGAUCCAAACUCUCCGAAGAAAGUGCCCAACGUCUCGAAAUCCAACGAGCUGCCGAUAGAGAGUCACGUCCAGAAUAAGCCAUUGCAGGAGAGCGUCGAGACUGCGGAAAAGUUCAGGGUUAUGCAGGCACCAAAUAGAGAGGGCAUAUGGUCGCGAAGUCAGAAUCCUAGGGAGAAGGCAAUGUCUGGACCUAGGUUUGAGCAGACCAUUAUGGAAGCUCAGCCAGCACCACAAUCAGCAAUUAGCUUGAUUCACCAACAACCAGUGCGAUGGACGCACGAGCGUAUUGUGGCCUGCGAUGGAGGUGGAGGAGCAUUAGGACACCCAAGAAUCUUCAUCAACACUGACAAGCCCGAAAUUUGCAACUGCACAUACUGCGGAUUACCGUUUGCCAAUGAACAUCACCGAGCACACCUUGAAUCUCUUCCAGAAACUGCAUACCCUCUUGCAGCAUGAGGUCAUCCUGCCAAUUUUUUUUAUGAACCACGACGUAUUACCGAGGGAAGAUUGGUCAACGAGAGACUGUUCAUAGAUGGGGAACUCUAUCGUUGACAAUUAGUGCAAAUACCACGCAAUGAGAAUUUUAAGCAAGAUUAUCUACCUACUUCUACAGUGAUAUUCUACCCGAAUUGAUCUUCUUAGAGAAUACCGGUGAUCUACUACAAGUCAAGCCUUUGUUAUUGUGUUCUCCUAUUAGAAUAGCAACCUUAAAAAGAUCUCUGGAAGCUUCAUAUUUCAUAUCGCUGAUUUACAGAUAGUGAGGAUCAUAGCAUGUUGGCACUUGCUGCUUUGGAUGCUUGAAGGCAUCCACAAACAAGUUUCCGAGGACACCAUGAAA